CUCUGAUUGGUCGAGACAGUCCGAGCGUUUCCGCCGCCUUCAGGGCUAACGCUCCCCUCUACAGUCUAUGCUAGCGAUACAGUCUUCUCCCUCCCGUGAGAGGUGGACCCGCACUUCCUGAACGAUAUCUCCCUCAGACCAGCGACCGACAGUGCUGCAGUUGGUGCCUGGACACGGCUUUGGCUGCCCGAGAGAGAGAGGUCCACGAUGUCUGAACUUUUUAUGGAGUGUGUUGAGGAGGAGCUGGAGCCGUGGCAGAAACAAGUUCCUGAAGUUCACUUGAUAGAUGAUGAUGAUGACGAACCCAUCUUCGUUGGAGUGCUCUCGACUAACCAGAAGGAUGGUAGGCCUAACCCUCCACCACCUCCUCAGAGGAACAGUCCAGCGAAACAAGAAAUAAGGAAUCCUGCUCCUAAGCUCGUUGGCUCCUCACCGAUAAUGCUGCCAUUGGGCCUUGCUGGAAAGGCAGUGAAUUCUGCAUCACCCAAUAUGACAACUGUGACCCCACAGCCUGUUAUCGUCAAUAACCAGGGAUUUAUUGUCACUUCUCCACAAUUAGCAAAUAACAGUGAUUUUAUUGCCUCUCUUGGGAGCCACUACCCUCCUGGAACUUCAUUUACAAUCGUACCAGCUGGUCAGCAGCAUCUUUUUCAGCAGGUCACGUCAGCCGCAGUAAUGCCUGGUGCCGUCCACAGGCCUCAGGUCCAACAAAUCAGCAACAAUGUUGUGACGUUGUCUAAUGUGCAGAGUCCUGCUGUGUAUUCAGCUCAAUCUCACCACAUACAACUCAACCGCUCCAUCCCACAAUCUUUUCAGACCUUUACUAUGCCUGUAAUGUCCAGUAACAAUAACAAAGAUCAAAGCUUAGUCAAACGACUGUUACCACAACCAAUAGACAGCGCGGCAAAAAGAGCCAAGAUUGACUUUGCGCCGUCAAAAGUAGUAGUUCCAGUGGAAAAUGGGACCUCAAAGAAACAGUGUCUGAAAUGUCAAGAAUUCCUCACACAAGAGGCCCUGAAAGUUCAUAUGGUGACCUGCUGUGCAACUGUGGAAAGUAAAGCACAAUCAUCCCUGAAUAUUGGUGCAAACAAGCGCAUCAUGCUGGUCUCAGAGUUUUACUAUGGACGGUUUGAGGGAGAUGGGAACAAAAAGGAGGUGCAGAAGCCAAACACAACUUUCAAGUGCCAGAGCUGUUUAAAAGUUCUCAAGAACAACAUCAGGUUCAUGAACCACAUGAAGCACCACCUGGAGCUGGAAAAGCAGAACAGCGAGAGCUGGGAAAGCCACACAACCUGCCAGCAUUGCUAUCGACAGUACAAUACUCCAUUCCAGCUGCAGUGCCACAUCGAGAGCGCUCACAGCCCAAUCGAAUCCUCAACCAAUUGCAAGAUAUGUGAGCUGGCGUUUGAGUCAGAGCAAGUUCUCCUGGAACACAUGAAGGAUAACCACAAGCCUGGCGAAAUGCCCUACGCCUGCCAGGUCUGCAAUUACAGGUCCUCCUUCUUCUCAGAAGUGGAGACACAUUUCCGAAGUGUCCAUGAAAACACAAAAGACCUGCUCUGUCCCUUCUGUCUCAAAGUUCUUAGAAGUAGUCAUAUAUACAUGCAACACUACAUGAAACAUCAGAAAAAAGGGAUCCAUCGCUGUGGAAAAUGCAGAUUGAAUUUUCUCACCUACAAGGAAAGAGUGGAGCACAGGACUCACUUCCACAAGACUUUCAGGAAACCUAAAGCCCUGGAAGGUCUUCCCCCGGGAACAAAGGUGACCAUUCGAGCCUCCCUGGCAGCAAAGAAUCCCACAUCGCACACCUCUCCUGAUCAAUCCGGCUUCAUUGUUGGUACAGAAACACAAAGUGUCACUCAGCAAACCAAACAUCAAGUCAGUGUAUCAAAGUCCAAGUCAAACGUCUCUGCAGCAGGAAAAGCCAAGGCGGCUCAGAGCAAGAAGCAAGAUGGACGGACUACCAAACACAAUCUGGCGCUCAGGAAUCUCAGAGUGAAUGGCGGCUGGUACACGUGCAUCGAGUGCAACACACAAGUCGACGACUUCUUUUCACAUUUCCCAAUGUUUUCAAAUUGUGGUGCGUGCAAAUAUCGGACAAGUUGCAAAGUCUCCAUUGGGAAUCAUAUGAUAAGAUUUCAUAGUACCAUAACCAAACACAGGUUUUUGAAAAUGGAUCAUAAGAAAAAUGCAUCUGCAUUAAAAUUAACCCUGGUCUGUCUCAACUGUGACCUCCUCGUGGACGCAUCAGGCGGUGACCUGAUGACCAAACAUUUAACUGAUAGACCAAAUCACAUAUGCAAAGUCAUUCAGGAAAAAGCAGAUAUCAAAGCCAAAGAUCGAGUGCAACUCCUCUUGAGGCAGCCUGCAAAAGUCUUGCAUGUCUUGACGCCGGCUCCUGCUCAAACGCCAAAGGAAAAGGACAUUAAACUAGAGGAAGAUGUCGCAUCUGGAAGUGUUACUGUCGCCACAGUUGACCAACCAGAGUCAGAGCCGAUGUUACCAGAAGCCGAUCAGGAAAAGGGUCCCACAGAAAUAACUGGCGUUGAAGGUUCCUCUGAAGGACACCCAGAGCAGUCGUUGCUGCCCGACGUAUCUCCUUCCUGUCCAGCCGAUGGAGUUUUAGAUCUCUGUGACGAGUCAGUAGGAAACUCUGAGAGCCUCGAUGUCAGAGAGCAGCUCCCUGAGCACGAGACGGUGGAACAACAAACGAAAUCAGAAUGAACCAGUAAACCCACGCUCCUGAUACGGAGAAGACUGCAAACCUAAAGGUUUAAGAAUAACUGCUUCAUCAGCUGGCAUUGUUUCUUUUACUAAAAUCAUACUUGAUCGUGGUGCUUUGGCUGCUGGUAUUCGCUACUAAUCCCCUCAAGAGUCAUGUGUUUGGCAAGUCGAUAUAAACAACGGUUAAAAAUAUUUUUUACUUUUGUUUUACUCUUCUGUAAAACUUCCAUAACCUAAAUAAAUGUAAAGUGUCUUUGUAUUUAUGAUUAAAAAUACAUCCACUACAGUAUUCUAAGUUGCCCUAUAAAGUUAAAUAAUUUGUAUAGUCAUACUUUUAAACAUUAGGAAUUAAAUUUAAAUGAUUGUGGCCCAUAUUGUAGUUCUUAAAAGUUUAAAAACCUGAUUGAUGUUGUCCUUAAGGAAACCCGUCAUAAAGAGGACAGUAUUCUGCUCCGGAUCACCUGUGUCAGUUCAGAGGAUUUUUGAUUUGCUUAACUGAGAAAGAUGAACACAUUUAUCAAUGACUCGAUGUUAAACUCACUCAGCGGCACAGAAUAUACAUGCUCACGUUCUCUAUGGUGAUUUAUUGAUGCAAUUUUAAUACUCAAUGCAGUCUCCUUAAAAGUAAAAGAAUUAUGUAAAGUUGCCUUUUAUUCAAAUUUGUUUAAGCAAUUUGAGUCCUGUUUCCAUCUGAGAUUUAUUUGCACUGUUAUCUUGAUUUGAGUUCAUGUCUGUUUCAGUUUGUUUGUGCUUUUCAGACAUCAACCUUGCAUUUCACUUUACCUUAUUCGCUGGAUUAUUGUCACUGUAUAACGUAUGAAUUUUUUAAUGAGAAGUUAUCUCUAAGACGCUCCCAAUAAAUUUGAGGUUAUUAAAACAAGAACAUUCAUUAAAACUGAAUUGCUUUACAUUGUUUACAGAAAAUAAUUGAUGUGUUAAUUGAUGUGUUACAGGUACAUUAUAUUGUUACCAGCUGGUUUUGAACAUGUAUCUCAACACUCAGAAAGUGGCUUUAACUAUAACAAAUUAUAUAGUACAUGUAUAGAUAAUGUUAGCAUCAGAUUUUAUUCUCUGAUUAAAAGUGUGAAAUGUGUGGAUAAAACUUAGAAAGAUUAAGUAAUGGUAGGGAAUAUUAGGUGAAAUAACCACAGCUAUUUGAGGAGGGAGCAGAAUAAUAUACGUAUGCCAUUGUGCCCAAGUACAUUUCAUCGUCUUCCUCUUAAUUGUGUUGAAAGUGUAAGCUUGUAAAAUAAAUGUAAACACAUAACAUUUGGUGAAGGUACUCAGCGCCACACUUCAUCUUGAUGAAAUCUCUCAACCAAUUUUGACGCCCCGGCUGCUGGUUGAUGCAAGUUUCCUUUUAUUUAACAAAAAAGUUUAAUUCCCUGUAACUAUGGGGAUAUUUUAUACAUUAUGAUUUGUUUGGGUUAAUAUCUCAAAAGUCAUUGUUAAUUUCCUAGGUUUUUAAUUAGGGUUUCCAAUUGUUAAGUAUUUAUAGAGCAAGUCUGUAAAUGCAUCUAUGUCUAUGAUGACACUGUAAAUGUAACCCUGAGUCUGUUUUGAAUACAUUCCUCUAAAGAUAUUGUGUCCUCUCUAGGACAUAUUUUCCUCAGAUCUAUAAGGUACUGGGUUUGGGUCAGUGUUGUCCUGUCUGUUGUGUAAAUAAA